AUGGCGAAGGAGGCUUUUGCCCUUCGCCUUGACUUGGAAGCACCUCCGAAGGAGGAGGCUCGAUCUUGCCUUCUUCUCGUGGAAGCCCUGGCUGGCGUCAAGAAGGUGCGCCGUGGUCUCAAGGCAGCGGAGGAGUGCCACGAUCGCUUGAAGAAGGUGGGUGAUCGAGCGCAAGUCUACGGGCUUGUGGUUGUUGCGAUGGCCCAGCUGAAGAGAGACCAUCCCGAGCUGGCGCUCACAGCCAUCGACGAGGCAAUAGACAUCGCCCGCGAGAUCGGCGAACGUCGCCUUGAGAUGAUGGCGCAGUGCACGCACGCGGAGGUGAACGUCCAGCUGCAAAGCCGCCCGGACGCCCUGGAAGCGGCUGAGGAGGCCGCUGCCAUC